GUUUGGGUUCACUUCUGCCCCCCUGUGGGUAAAGUAACCAGCGCAUGGGGAGCCAGUGUCCUGCCACCAAGAUUAGUCAUUAACCUUGUCUCUCAGUCACUCAGGACACCGGGGAAGGCGCACGGCACUCUCUCCGAGGCAUGCUGCCGCGCCGCCGCCACAUCUUACCAUGGGCGACUGUAACCACUGUACACACGAGCGGGCUUUAUCCGUAGAGGACGACGUUACCGUGGCGUUUCACAAAGUUGACAGCCAUGACAACAACAGUAGCAGCAGCAGGAACCGCCACGACCGAGACGAACGCAGCAGCGGCGCAGACGAAGACGAGCGCACGGCGGAGAGGAUUCUCUUGCGAAGUCACGUUUCGUGCGACUGCGAUGGCGAUGAUGUGGAGGAGAGGGAGGAGGAGGAAGACGAUGCGAGAGGAGGCGAAAAUUCACUGGAAGGCGGCGAGGAGAAAACGCUGUGCCCGCGGGUGUUUUGCGUCAGACGCGACCCCGCAUCCACAGAGGGAGGCGCAUGUGAAGGUUCAGAGAAACCAAAGAAAUGUCCAGGCCUGGGUUUGUUCUAUGCUUUCCUGGCCACAGUUUUCUUCUCCAUCAUCGCCCUCUUGGUGAAAACCAUUCAGGGAAUCCACGCCAUAGAGAUCAGCGCCAUUCGCUGCUUCUUCCAGAUGCUCUUCAUUGUGCCGUUACUCAUUUACCACAAGACAGGUUUCCUGGGUCCCCGAGAUAAACGUGUAUUCCUGGUGCUCCGGGGUUUCAUCGGUUCCAAUGCCAUGAUCCUGCUCUUCUAUGCAGUUCAGCAGAUGCCGCUGGCGGAUGCUACUGUCAUCAUGUUCAGUAAUCCAGUCUUUACCUCCCUCCUGGCCUGGGUCUUCCUGAAGGAGAAAUGCACAAUCUGGGACUGUGUCUUCACUGUUUUCACCCUCACCGGAGUCAUCCUCAUUGCCAGACCACCAUUCCUGUUUGGCGAACGCGUCCACGGCAUCGAGGGCAACUACACCAACCACAUCAAGGGGACUGUUGCGGCCUUUGCAGGAGCAAUAGCUGCUGCCUGUACAUUUGUUGUUCUUCGCAAGAUGGGGAAGAGCGUCCACUACUACCUCUCCGUUUGGUACUACGCCGUCAUCGGUUUUGUCGAGAGCAUCAUCACCGUAUCCGUCCUGGGGGAAUGGAAGAUCCCAUCCUGCGGCCGCGAUCGCUGGAUGCUGAUGCUGAUCGCCCUCCUGGGCAUCGCCGGCCAGACCUUCCUCACCAAGGCCCUGCAGAUCGAGAAAGCCGCACCCGUGGCCCUGAUGAGGACUAUAGAUGUGGUGCUGGCCUUCAUCUUCCAGUUCAUUUUCUUUAAUCGCGCGCCCACCCUGUGGAGCCUCGGAGGGGCUCUGUGCAUCGUGGUGAGCACCAGCGGGAUCGCAGUUAGGAAGUGGUGUAGGAACUCUCGCAAGACCUGAGAAGCAGCGUAUAAUGCUGCAGUUUUACUCUUAAGUAUCCUUUUUUUCUACCACUAUAUUAUGUUCUUGAUUUACUUACUGUAUUUUACUUGUUACUUACAUGCAAACCUGUGAGGAGGUUGAAGCUCUUUGGAGAGUUAAAAGCAGAAAUCUAUCUAUUAGGGGUCAGUUUGCACUUGUAGUAGUUUGAAAUUUAAAGCUGGAUUGUGUAGCUCUAUACAUGUUGAUUCAUAUGAGUCAACUUGUGUAACUGACUGUAAGCUUUUAUGUUCUUUUUUUUAUAUAAAUGAGCACAUCUUGUAGUGAAAUUAGAGCAAGAAGAGACUUCUAUCCAAAACCACAUCCUGCUCUAAGGAGCCGACUUGGUUUGCUGACUGCACAGAUUUCCUCUUGACAAAAUUUAUGCAGCAUAAAAAACACUGAAAUUUGAGUUUCAGCUGAAUGAAACAGUUUCAGAAAGGAUUUCCAAAGUCCCAUUUUCCUUUUGCUUUAACCAGAAUGAAAUAGCCAAAGAGAAGGUUUUAUUGCGCUUGGACUGUUCAUACUGUUACAUGAUUUAAAAGUCAUAGUACACACAAAAAAAGUACAUAUUUUAUUUUAUUAUGGAUAUUAUUUGGGAAUGUUAAACGAGUAAGUCUGACCUAUGAGACGAAGCAUUGAUUUAAAAAUCUUUGGUAGUAUCUAAGUCACCAAAAACAAAAGUUGAAAGUAAAUCCCUAAAUUGGCUACAUGGUUUUACAUAAAAUCAGGGUCAUACUGUGAUUCUCUCAGGGAUUUCUCACCUGUUUAUACAACCCAAACACCUAAAUUCAACCCAGCCGUCUUACCUAUAACAAUCCUUUUUCCAUUCCUUUACAAUAUCUUAUCUUGAAGUGCCUUAUGUUGGAACUUUAACCUCCAGCUUCCCUCAGUGUAGCUGCUCAAUAACCAGCAAUUUGUGCUGGGAAGCUUUUACGUGCACGUUAGUUAAAGUCGGGUGCUAAUAGUAUAUUUAAUGAUAUACCUAAGACCUGUAUCCCACCAUACUGAUUUCUUCAUCAGCACAGGAGUGAGCUCUCUCAUCUUUACUAGCACUUAAUGUUAUCUUAGAACAAAAUCGACAAAUUAGUGUUCUCAACAGUCUAAAAGUACCUUUUCUGUGAUGCUCGGAGUGGGAUGUUAUUUACUUUGUCUCUGUGAGAGGGUAGAGAGUGUCAAUAAGCUGCCACUAUAAUCCAGCAAAUCAGCUGAGAAACAGCUGCGCACAAGGAUGGCUUCAAGCGUUUUCUGAUGAUAACUUCCUCAAUUAAUUCAAGGACCCGAGGCAGAAUGCAUAAUACGCUGCCGGUUUGUCAGUACAAUGGCGCCCAUCGCAUAAAUAGCAGCAAAACAGAGUUUGUCCGCAAACUUGAAAGCGGAUGUUGAGGGUUUACGCUCGAGCGCCACUGUUUUUGUGACAUCCUCAGUGACUAAUAGGAGUCGCGUGUGAUUCUUGUGCCAAGUUGAGGCUGGGUGUAGUCAAAUUGUGAUUGUCAAUAAGUGGUUGAGUCUCUGGUGAAAACAGGCUUUUUGAUUUUGAUUUUUUUUUUUUUUUUAACCUGCCGGCAAAAAAAACAAGACUUGCAAAAGUCGUAAAAUGUAUUGCAUUGAUAUAUUUCAAAGCGUGUUUGAUGUUGUGCUAAAAGCCGUACUGUCUUUUUCUUUUCACGCCUCCUUGUUCUUGAUUUGAUCUGUUAUUUGUUGGAAACCUUUGAUUUCCACCACAGGCUUCUGUGUGUGUUCUGUGUUUUUAUCUCGUAUAAAUCAUACUGUAAUUUGAGCAUUUAACAGCCUCCCACUGCAGUUACUGAUGAAAUCAUAGAGCAACUGCAGUUUUCUGUUUGACACAACUUAAUUGAGUGCAAUACAGCUCAGAAAUUAAGAAAAUCAGUGCUGCUAGCCUGCUGCUUAAGUUCUUUCUUUUUCAUUUCUCUCAAAUUCCACUUUCUGCUGCCGUUCCACGUGUUAAGACCUGCACAGCUGCCUGAUCAGAACGGAUUCUUAUUGUAGUUCUUCCUUUUACGCACUUCAUUAAGUUUGCACAUUAUUUCUUUAAUUUAAAGUGACGCCUCCUACCAAACACGCACAAAUGCUUGUUUCCUUAAUUAUCUUCUCUGAGAAGUCAAACUGAGAUAAACCAGUCCUUUAAGGCACAGAAGGGUGCGAUAUGUUGAAGCUGAACUAAGCAUCGCACCUUAUUUUAUGCUGGAGAAAACGUUCUCUUAGACUAACCUGAGGGUUUAUUUGAAUUUAUCUUAUGUGUAAUUUGCUGUGGUUUGAAAUUCAUCUCAUCCGUGCACGAGCACACUGCAAAAAAAGAGACAGUUUAUUAGAAAGUAUAUUUUGUUGCUAGCAUGGGUUUCAGAUUUAUUUAUUUAUUUUUCAGCCCCAUAUUGAUUCCAUCCAUGGGCUCAAAAGAGCAGAGUGGAAUUAAAUGAUUAAAUCUUACAACAAGCACUGGGGUGUAAUUACUGUUAAAGUAACGUGAAGCAACAGCGGUCAAGUGUGAAAUAUAAUGAAAUUACUCCACCACUUGUGAUCCGAGUACCAUUAAACUGUGACGUUUAUUCAUCAUUGUUCAUAGUACAGUCGGAUGUCACUUACGCUCAUUUUCCGUUUCUUUUGUUUGAUUUGCUUUCACAUUGACUUUCUUUUCUCUCUCAGAAUAUUAGUUUAGUUGACUUGAAUGCUGGUAGUAGAAGCACAAUGUGUUGUAUUUCCAUCAAAUGGUUACUGUAGGUAAACAGUCUCAGGACCUAUAAGCCUUAUAAACCUGCUAAAGCUGUUUUAGGGUUUUUAUACUAUGCUUUAAUACUUUUUAUUUAACUAUUUCUGUCAGGUAUUUCAUCAACACAUCUAUAUAUUAAGAUCUACGUAUUUCUGCAUAGUGAUGGGUUAUAUUUAGUAUAUUGUAAUUUAAUAAUAAAUUCUUUUUGAAUUUAUAA